CAUCUUUUUUUGCUGUUUUCUUCACCAUUUACAGAAUCAAAAGCUUCUAAAUUUCCCUCUCUUGCCUUCAAUGGUUAGAUAAAUGUUGUAAAUUAGUAAUAAAAAUUGGAAAAUUUUAAGUGGGAAAUUUUCAUUUUAUUUUUAGAAAGUCACUCACUAAUUAGUAUAAUUACCCCACUAAAUACUCUAGAAAAAAACAGUGCUUCAAAGAACUUUCUCCCUGUUUUGGUAAUUUCCAUGUUGGGGGCAUAGCCUUCUCUCUUAUAGUCCCGUCCCUUCUUGAAGCUUUUGGGAGUAGCAAGCAACCCUUAGAAUCUCUCUCUUGCUCUUUCUCUUUGUCUUUCUCUCUCUUCUUUACUUUCUCUCUCUUCCUAUUGGCUUUUUUCAGCCUGUUUUUGCUGCAUUUGGUGUGGAAUUUCAUAAAAUUAUAACAAAUUGAAUUGGGUUUUUUCUUUUUGUUUUUAUAAAUUAAUUAUAGUGUGCUUUUCCCUGUUUGUUGUGGAUCUGUGAAUACUUCCAAAUUGAGUUGGGUUUUCUGCAAUUGCAAGAUUUUUGCACAUUCAUGGCUAAAUCAGCUCCUUAAGCUGUGAGAUUGUUCAUUGUUGAAUUGAAACCCUAAUAUUUUGUUGUUUGAAGAAAAUAAGGUUUUUGUUCUGUGUAAGAUUAUUGGGGAAAAAUGGUUCCUGGUAUAGAUAUGAGUAAAUGGUGGGCAAAAGAACAAAGAAAGGGAACUCCAGUAAUAGUAAAAAUGGAGAACCCGAAUUACUCUUUGCUUGAAAUUGAUUCCCCAGAUUCUGCAUUUAGGCCUAUGGAUAAAGAUAGAGGUAAAAAUGCUAAACAAUUUACAUGGGUUUUAAUGCUUAGGGCUCAUAGAGCAGCCGGUUGUCUUGCUUGGCUUGGGAAUGGUCUUUGGUCAUUACUUAGUACCAUUAAAAAGAGGCUUUUUCUAGGUGAAGGUGUUAAAAUGGAGAAUGAUAAAUCUAGUAAGGGGAAAUUAUUGUAUAGGAUAAUUCUGGGUUUUCUAGUUACUGCUCUUGCAUUUUUGGCAUUUGAAGUAUUUGCCCAUUUCAAUGGUUGGCAUUACUUUAAGAAUAGCACCCUUCAUAUCCCUCAAACUGUUGAGAUUCAAGGCUGGUUCCAUGAGGUUUAUGUUGGUUGGCUCGAAUUUCGAGCUGGGUAUAUUGCCCCUUUGAUCCAAUCUCUAUCCACUUUCUGUGUGAUCUUGUUCAUGAUUCAAUCUCUUGAUAGAUUGGUUUUGUGUUUGGGUUGUUUUUGGAUUAAAUUCAAGAAGAUUAAGCCUAAGUUUGAAGCUGAACCUUUCAUGUCCAAUGAUGCUGAAAACCCUGGCUCUAAUCAUCCUAUGGUUCUUGUUCAAAUACCAAUGUGUAAUGAGAAAGAGGUAUAUGAACAAUCAAUUUCAGCAGUUUGUCAACUAGAUUGGCCAAAAGACAGAAUUCUUAUUCAAGUUUUAGAUGAUUCAAAUGAUGAAAGCAUCCAAUGGUUGAUCAAGAAUGAGGUCACUAAAUGGAGUCAAAAGGGUAUUAAUAUUAUCUACCGACAUCGCUUGGUUAGGACUGGUUAUAAAGCUGGGAAUCUUAAAUCAGCCAUGAAUUGUGAUUAUGUUAAAGAUUAUGAAUUUGUUGCUAUCUUUGAUGCUGAUUUCCAACCAAACCCUGAUUUUUUGCAGCAAACCAUACCACAUUUUAAGGAUAAACCAGAACUUGGAUUGGUUCAGGCAAGGUGGUCUUUUGUGAACAGAGAUGAAAACUUGCUGACUAGGCUUCAGAAUAUUAACCUUUGCUUUCACUUUGAGGUGGAGCAACAGGUUAAUGGAGUGUUCCUUAACUUCUUUGGAUUUAAUGGAACGGCGGGUGUUUGGAGAAUCAAAGCUCUAGAGGAUUCGGGUGGUUGGCUCGAAAGGACUACUGUCGAGGAUAUGGAUAUUGCUGUUCGUGCUCAUCUCAAUGGAUGGAAGUUCAUCUUCCUUAACGAUGUUAGGGUUCUUUGUGAACUUCCGGAAUCAUAUGAAGCAUACAGAAAACAGCAACACCGAUGGCAUUCGGGUCCAAUGCAGCUCUUCCGUUUAUGUCUUCCGGCUAUCAUAAGCUCUAAGAUAUCAUCGAUGAAGAAAGCAAAUCUCAUCCUACUCUUUUUCCUCUUAAGAAAACUAAUCCUUCCAUUCUAUUCCUUCACAUUGUUCUGUAUCAUACUUCCCUUAACCAUGUUUGUCCCUGAAGCCGAGCUACCAAUAUGGGUUAUCUGUUACAUUCCCGUUCUCAUGUCAUUCCUAAACAUCCUUCCUUCACCCGGGUCAUUCCCCUUCAUCGUUCCAUACCUUUUAUUCGAGAACACAAUGUCGGUAACCAAAUUCAACGCAAUGAUUUCCGGGUUAUUCCAAUUGGGUAGUUCAUACGAGUGGAUCGUUACCAAAAAAGCAGGCCGAGCAUCAGAAACCGACCUAUUAGCAAUGGAAGAACGAGAAACAAAGGCAAUGAAUCAAACCCAACUCAUACGAGGUGCUUCCGAUAGUGGCCUUUCGGAACUAACCAAACUAAAAGAGCAUCAAGAAGCAACCCCUAAACCAGACAAGAAAAUGAACAAAAUCUACAAAAAGGAACUUGCCUUAGCCUUUUUACUACUUACUGCUGCUCUUAGAAGUCUGUUAUCUGCACAAGGUGUGCAUUUCUACUUCCUGUUAUUCCAAGGAGUCACAUUCCUCCUGGUGGGCUUAGAUUUGAUCGGCGAACAAAUGAGCUGAAAAUACAUUACACAAUCAUACAACCAUUGUCGAACCCAAAUGAUCAAACACCCAUCUAAUUUCCGUGAUAUAAGAUUUCCGGUAUUUAGAUCAUCGAAAAGGCGCUAACGGGUAAAAACCCAUAUGAUUCAGAAGAAUAAAAUUCCUUUCAGAAUCAUGAUUUCUUGCUACAAAUUUUUUUUCCCUAAUAGAAUUUACUGUGUCAUUUAAUUUAUCACUUAAUUAUAGUGCUGUGAAUUGGUGAGAAAUAGGUUUAUGGGGGAUGAAAACCCAUAUAAAUUUCCAGUCAAUUCUGUUACUUUUGCAUCAUAAGAAAAGACUGGAGUUUGUUAUAUUUUCUGGGUAUAAUAUUCUACAUAAACUUGUAUUUAAGAACAGUGUAGAUUUUGAGUGAUCAUCCUGAUGUUCAUCUUUCAAA